UUAUAUGAUAAUUACAAGUAACACUCGAGAAACGGAGUAGAAAGACCAAUUCAGAUGUGACCCAAGAAACCCAUAGCCGGCAGUACGUCACAGUCACCCCUCUCGUCUGGCGGUUCCAUUCGGCAGCUCGAGGACACGAGAAAAUCCACUUGCCGCAGAGCUGCUGACCUGCGCGCUGAAACACGCCAUCAUUCCAUCGAGCAAACUCCAAAACUUCCCCCUUCCCCGGUAACCCGCACCUCACUCAACGACCCUCCCAACGGCACUCGCCACUCGGCAGUCGCCACCGUCGCGGCGCUCCUCAGCCAAGCCAACCUUUCGAAAUCUCCACGCCUUUGUCGCCUCCCUUUUAUACCAAACCUCCUACCACCAGAGUCCCAGUUCCCAGUCAUACACAUCUGAUAUCAAUCACUCACAGCUGCUGCCCAGCAGCAGGCAAGAAGAGGCAAGAAUGCCACAGCUCGAUCUGGAGUCCCUCUUCUGCGUCGGCGGCGGCGAGUCAAGGUCGACGAAGGUCGCCUGCGAGACCAUCGCGGUCGGAGCCUCCGACGUUGACGUCGCCAACGCCCACGAGCAGUCGCGACGGAUUAUCUGGGCCUGGUCCGGGCGAACCGGCGCGGCGCUGGAGCGGGACGGGUCGACCAAGGGCGGCUCCAACCCCAAGAACGCGGCGGAAGAGACGACGCGUAACAAGGGCCCGUCGAGGGCGCCGAGGAGGUUGGAGUUGGAGGCAAUCGUCGUCGGCGUUCUGCCUGCCGGGAAGAUGGUCGUGCAGCAGCGGCGCUCUCAUGUGGUCGGCCGCGACUGGCGCCGGCCGGCCGCAGGGGCUAGGGUCUUCGCGAGCGAGGCCGUGGGCAUGGAGCCCGUGUCCCCGAAGGUGUCGUGCUUUGGGGCAGUGCGGUCCGAGAGCCGCGCGCCUGCGGCGCGCGAGGAGGAGGAGGAGCGGAGCGGGUGCUGGGCGAGCGUCACCUCCGCGCUUGGUGGCUUUUUGUGCGGCUCUGACUCGGACAACCGUCGGGAAGGUGGAUCUGGGACGAGUGAAUCGAAGCCCGCGGUGUCGGGGUCGCCGACGGUAGACGUUUCAGUCCUGUCGCCCCCGCGGCCGGUUCUGGGACUGGGAGACGUGAAGCCCAUUGCUUCGCGGCGGUGGCCGGAUGGAGAUGGGCGGUGCUUGGUUUGAAUCUCUUGCGUGCUUGAGGAACAGGAAGCACGGGAACGGUUCUCAAAAAAAAAAAAAAAAAAAAAAAGGAAGCACGGGAACAGUUGUGUACACAUCUUCAGUUGUACACAGCCUUCCGUGCUUCGGUAGGCACGGGAACUGCUGUACAUUCACGGUUGCCGAGCAUAGUAGUACGUGUACUUGCCUGCUUGCGCCCGUGCUAAACAAAACCAACCUUUGAUCUCCUCUUGUGCAUUGUGUAUCCCGCCCCUUUCUUUUGUACAGCUAGCUACGCCUGCUUCCUUCCAUGUACGGGCGCAAGCAGGUAAAAUCGGUGUACGUAGUAGUAUCAUUGUGCGAAAUCGGUGUUUGACUUUUGUAUGUACUUUCACUUCACUCUU